CACAAUGAAUGAAUGAGCGAGCGAGCGACGAGCGUUCGUGGAAGGGAUGUUAGUAAAUACUCAGCUGACUGAAUCGAGAGCUGGCCACCGAGCCCAUGACCGAGCAGGCGAGCGAGUGUUGCGAAUUCAACGAGCAAGGAAGUUUUGCCAGCCCAAUCAAGUGAAGGGAGGACGACAUAACAUCGAGUUUCCCACGGGCGCAACCAUCCACGCACGAAUCGGACACACUUCUCGCUCGAAUACGGAAGUGACCCCCAACGUCAUGUCUCGUCAAACCAAAGAUGCCCCUGCUCCAAGUGCUCCAGCUACCAUUCCCAAAGCCAUGAAGUUCUUCUUCGGUGGAACGGCGGGAAUGGGAGCCACAUGCUUUGUGCAACCGCUGGAUCUGGUCAAGAACCGGAUGCAGAUCAUGAAGAAGCAACCCGGACCCAAACCCACUUCCUUGUCGGUCAUCACGUCCGUGGUGAAGAAUGAAGGCGUGAUGAAAUUGUACAAUGGGUUGUCGGCGGGUUUGCUGCGACAAGCCACCUACACGACCACCCGUUUAGGAAUCUACACCUGGUUGUUUGAAAACUUUUCCAAUCCCGAUGGGAGCCCACCGAGUUUCUUCAUGAAAGCUGCUUUGGGGAUGACGGCUGGCGCUUGUGGGGCUUUCGUGGGAACGCCCGCUGAGGUGGCCCUGAUUCGAAUGACGUCGGAUGGCAAUCUUCCGGCAGAUCAAAGACGUAAUUACAAGAACGUGUUUGAGGCCCUGGCUCGCAUCUUUCGCGAAGAGGGGCUUUUUACCCUCUGGAGAGGAGCCAUUCCCACCAUGGGCCGAGCCAUGGUCGUCAAUGCGGCCCAAUUGUCGUCCUACUCGCAAGCCAAACAAGCCAUCAUGGGCUCAGGUUAUGUGGACGACGGAAUAUUUUGCCAUUUUCUGGCCAGCAUGUUCUCAGGUCUAGUCACAACGGCAGCUUCCAUGCCCGUGGAUAUCGCUAAAACGCGGAUUCAAAAUAUGACGAUUGUGGAUGGCAAACCGGAAUACCGUGGCGCUUUGGACGUCAUUUUGAAGGUGGCCAAGAACGAAGGAUUCUUCAGCCUGUGGAAGGGCUUCACUCCCUACUACUUUCGGUUGGGUCCACACACGGUGCUGACUUUCAUCUUCCUGGAGCAAAUGAAUCGACAAUACAAGGUCCACGUUCUCGGACAAACCGAGGCCAAAGGAGGCGGAUUAUAGAGGAAUUCCGCAAACAAUUGAAGAGUUUAGUUUAGCGUGUUGACGUUAAACCAGGUCUAGCACAGUUUUUAGAACCCCUCGAUGCUGCAAUGCUUUCAAUCUACUAGACCAUUCCCUGUAUAUGCGACGUAUUCAGGAAAACAUUGAGGUUGGAAAUCGUUCCAUGUUCA